GUGGAUUCAGGGAGACAUUCUGAAGGGGACCUUGCAAGUUGCCCUUUGUUGUUCUUCCUAGGGUAGGGCUGGGUAUACAACCAUUGCUCCCCAAGGGAGGCUCUUCCCACAAAGGGGCCAAGGCAGUCACCUAAGAGAGAAGGAGCAUGUUAUAGCUCAACUACAUAAAGGACUGUGCUGAGGAGAUCCAACAUUUAUCAGGACCUAGAGGAAUCCCUUAGGAUGAAGCUGAGUCUUACCAAGGUGGUUAAUGGCUGUCGCCUAGGAAAAAUAAAAAACCUGGGCAAGACAGGAGACUGCACCAUGGACAUUCCAGGCUGCCUUCUGUACACCAAGACUGGCUCUGCCCCACACCUUACUCAUCACACACUGCAUAAUAUCCAUGGGGUUCCUGCCAUGGCUCAACUAACACUGUCAUCCCUGGCAGAACAUCAUGAAGUUUUGGCAGAAUAUAAGGAAGGAGUUGGAAAGUUUAUAGGAAUGCCAGACUCACUCUUGUACUGCUCCCUGCACGAUCCAGUCAGCCCCUGCCCAGCUGGUUAUGUAACAAACAAGUCUGUCUCUGUAUGGGGUGUUGGAGGAAGAGUGGAAAUGACUGCUUCCAAGUUCAUGACAAUUCAGCAGGCCCUUCAGCCAGACUGGUUCCAGUGUCUCUCGGAUGGAGAGGCAUCUUAUGAGGAAGCAACAUCCUUAAAAAGGGCCAGAAAGUCUGUGGAUCGAUCACUUUUGUUCCUGGAUAACUGUCUGCGGCUUCAAGAAGAGUCAGAGGUCCUUCAGAAAAGUAAGAUCAUUGGAGUAAUCGAAGGUGGAGAUGUGAUGGAGGAGAGGCUGAGGUCAGCACGAGAGACAGCCAAGCGGCCCGUAGGUGGUUUCCUUCUGGAUGGCUUUCAAGGAAAUCCAGUGACCCUGGAGACUCGACUACACUUGCUGUCAUCAGUGACUGCAGUGCUGCCAGAGGACAAACCAAGACUCAUCUCUGGUGUGAGCCGACCAGAUGAGGUGCUUGAGUAUAUUGAAAGAGGAGUGGACUUAUUUGAGAGUUUUUUCCCUUAUCAAGUGACAGAGCGGGGAUGUGCCUUGACUUUCAGCUUUGAUUACCAGCCGAAUCCUGAAGAGACAUUAUUACAUCAAAAUGGGACACAAGAAGAAGCAAAAUGUAUGGAUCAAAUAAAGACAAUUAAAACAACUGAUUGCAACGAAGAAAUAACAUCAUUUGAAAUUAAUCUAAAGGAAAAGAAGUACCAGGAGGACUUUAACCCACUAGUGAGAGGAUGUUCUUGUUACUGCUGUAAGAAUCACACUCGUGCAUAUGUCCACCAUCUGCUGGUGACCAAUGAAUUGCUGGCUGGUGUCCUGCUUAUGAUGCACAACUUUGAACACUACUUUGGGUUUUUCCACUCCAUCCGGGAAGCACUAAAAAGUGACAGACUGGCACAGUUGAAAGAGCUUAUCCACAGGCAAGCAUCUUGAGACCUUGUAAAUACAAGUCUGACUCUUCACAUUGAACCGGUACCACUGUUAUAACAUGAGAAGAAGUGAAGAAGAAAUGCUCUGUCUUUAAUCAUUCAUAUUUGGACAUAAGGUCUGCUAAGAUAAGGAAUGGCUAUACCAGACUGUCCACGUGAGGGUAAAGAGAUUUCUUCUAAAGACUUAAGUGACCUGGAUUGAGCAAAGAGAAUUGAACUGUGACCUUUAAAAUUUCUAGGCUAAGUCUUUUAGAUGAUAGAGAUUCAUUUAGUCAAAAUCAAAAACUUUAGAUGUGAAGGGACAGCCUCAAAGUAAAGGUUAUAAGAUUCUGAGGGACCACGGAGUUGAAUUGAGCUUGAGAGAUGACUGUGAGUGGCACAACCUCUGUGGACACAUGCCUGUUAACUGGAAAGAAUCUGGCUGAUUUGA